GAGAGUAACUAUCACAGUUACUCACCAAAAAAUUCACUUACCAAAAAUACUCACCCACUCUCAUUCACUAUCUAUCAUACCCAAACAUUCUCAGUACAUUUUUCAACCAUGAAUCAAACAUAGAAACACUCAAAACCCAUGCCCUUCACGUUUCCAGAAUCUUCACUUACCAACAUUGUUCCUCUCUCGUUCAUUUCAGAAUCAUUAAUCUAGAAGAAGGGCUGGAUCAAUUACUAAUCUCCUAACUUUUCAGCUUAUAACAACAAAGCCUGAAUAUCAUGGAAUCUUCCUCUGUUGAAUAUCAUAUCCAACAAAUAAUUAACAUCCCUGAAAAUAUAGAGCCUCCCCUUUGGCCUCAAUGUUGUAUCUACAAGGUUCCUACUACUCUUUUGAAUGUGAAGGAAGAAGAUUAUACACCUCUACUCAUAUCAAUUGGACCUAUCCACCAUAGCAACAAAACACAUGAGGAUAUGCAAGAACACAAACAGAGAUAUUUUCAUUUCUUUUGGAAUCGCCUAGACCAAAAAAGUGAUUUAAUGAACUACAAAACUUUCCUUGAACAAGAAGAACAUAAUAUUCGCCACUGUUACCAGAAAAUUUUUGUUGAUAUUAGCCAGAAACAAUUUGUUGAUAUGAUACUAUUGGAUGCUGUGUUCAUCAUGGAGUUGUUUCUUAGAGAGAAAAAAAGAUGGGAACACAAAGAUGAUUACAUAGUAACUCAACAUUGUGUAAGCAAAAGUAUCCAACGGGAUUUGUUGCUUCUUGAGAAUCAGCUUCCAAUCUAUGUGUUAGAAAAAUUAUAUGACACGGUUGUUCCAAGCAGUGUCAAAAACCACAAUCGGUUUAUCAAGCUAGCACAUGAGUAUUUUGCAUCUUGUUACCCUCAUCACAAGGAGUCAUCAGAAAGAAUGUUUGAGGAAAAAAAUUGGGAGAAAUCACUCCAUUUCACCGAUUUGAUUAGAUAUUCAUAUCUCCCAAUGAAACUAAGCGAUCAAUAUAUGGAUUCUCAAAAUGAGUGUUUGAUGUCAAGGACUGCAACAAAGUUGAAUGAAGCUGGCAUAAGCCUCGAGAAAGUUUAUAAUAGAUCCUUACUUGACAUAAAGUUUAAGAAAAGGCAUUUUUUGUCCUUGUUUCUUUGUGGCUGUUUUCCAUGCUUCAAAGCUAGAUUUCUGUUCCCACAAUUAAAAGUAAACCACUCAACAGAAAGCAUUCUUAGGAAUCUAAUUGCUUUUGAGCAGUGUCAUUAUCCAGACAAGCCCUACAUUUGCAAUUAUGUUUCUUUGCUUGAUUCUCUUAUUGACACCAAAGAUGAUGCAGAGUUGUUGGUUGAGAAAGAUAUGAUUGUGCAUGAACUAGGAAGCCACGAGGAAUUAACGAGUCUUGUUAUCAAUUUAUCCAAACAUGUUGUGACGAAUUCAUCGUGUUAUUACCAACUUAUGGAAGAUCUUAAUGAACACUACAACAGUGGAUGGAGAAAGGCUAUGGGUCCAUUAAGGAGAUAUGGUUCUACCCUACUUGGGAUAGGAGCUGUAAUAUUCACUCUCUUUCAUUUUUUGUGGAGUCCUCGAUAUUAAGUUGCUUGAAAAUUAUAGGUAAUGUAGCACUAAUGGACCAGUAGGAGUCUCUGUUAGAGCUUUGUGAUGAUAUACCUCCUUUGUUGUGCGAGAAUUAUAUAUGGAGAAGCUUUGUGUGAGUUUGGGUGAUCGCUAGGAAUUCUGGCCGCAACUUUUGAUCUUCUUCCCAACAGGAUUCCAAUAAGGGAAGUAGUUCUUUUGGAAACACUUGGUCUUAUGUUCUGCAACCAACAAUGGAAUUCAUCAAUAUAUAUUAGUCAUGGGACAACAUGAAAAUGUUUUUAAAUUCUUAUGUAUGUAUGUUAUUCAGGAUUCGUUGACUUUAGAUGCCAAACUUAACUAAUUACUAUAUUAAAAUGGAAAUGACAUACUUGUAUUGCAUCAUAUGCUGCCGUCAUUCCAUCCCUCCCUUUAAAUGGAAUUUGAUUUGUUGUCAA